UCCAGCCAGGUCCGCGGAAGCAGCUGGGGGUUUUGACCAAGCUGGGCUCAGAAGCCAGUUGUUGGCGCUGUCCGUGGUGCUGAGGAAUUCCCGGCUGCCGGCAGGAUGAGCUCCGAAUCAGCAGUCUGCAAACUGCUCCCAGUGACGCCAAACCACAGCUAAAGUUGCGCCUUUGCUUCACGUCCACAGUUAGAAUCUUCUGGUGUGUGAGGAGGGAUUCAGUCAACACACUGUGGACGAUGCUGAUGCUUCUGCCGGUGGAGUGGGCUUUAAGCUUCAGUAUGCUGUUUCUAUUUGUGAUCCCCAGAGCCUAGCCAAGUCACCUCUACUGCCGUAGCAAACACUGUGUAAGUGAGCCCAUGUGUGGAGGAGGCGUAAUCAGCCAGGAAAUUUCAUAGAAGGAUCUAAGAAAAUGCUAAAAAUAAGUUCAAGAUGAUUCUGCUACCGGGGUCCGGAUUUCCAAAGGACCAGCAUUGCUUCUUGCUUUGAAUUCUGAAGACAGGUCCAGAGCCUAUUUCUAUGUGUGUCUGCUGUGUUUCUCUCUGGAAGGGUGGGAGACUGCUUCUUGGCUGUGUUUUGAAAUGGGAGGUAUAGAGGAUGGAUUGCCUCUAAUUCAUGCCUGAAAAUGCAUUCUUUGGGUGACUAAAGAGGACCGGCUUUCCUAAGAGAUACCUGACCUUUAAGUUCAGAUCGGUCUGUGACCCCCAGCACCACCAUUAACCUCAGAGUGACUAGCCCACCCCUCUUGCAUUCCCAUGGAAGGAGCUGAGUGUAUUUAAUAUUAGGAGAACAUCCAGAAGUCUGUGAGGAGGGGGAUGGCUCUUCAUACUCAUGAAGCUUGCAUACUUCUAUUGGUCAUCCCUGGAUUGGUCACCUCUGCUGCCAUCAGUCACGAAGACUAUCCUGCUGAUGAAGGUGACCAGGCUUCCAGUAAUGACAAUCUGAUCUUUGAUGACUAUCGAGGGAAAGGGUGUGUGGAUGACAGCGGCUUUGUGUACAAGUUGGGAGAGCGGUUUUUCCCGGGGCAUUCCAACUGUCCGUGUGUCUGUGCUCUAGAUGGACCGGUUUGUGACCAGCCAGAAUGCCCUAGAAUCCACCCGAAAUGCACAAAAGUGGAGCACAAUGGAUGCUGUCCUGAGUGUAAAGAAGUGAAAAACUUUUGUGAAUAUCAUGGAAAAAAUUACAAAGUCUUGGAGGAAUUUAAGCCCUCUCCAUGCGAAUGGUGCCGCUGUGAGCCCAGCAAUGAAGUUCACUGUGUUGUAGCAGACUGCGCAGUUCCUGAGUGUGUCAACCCAAUCUAUGAACCAGAGCAGUGUUGUCCUGUCUGCAAAAAUGGUCCAAACUGCUUUGCAGGAACUACAAUAAUUCCAGCUGGCAUUGAAGUGAAAGUGGACGACUGUAACAUCUGUCAUUGUCACAACGGGGACUGGUGGAAACCAGCUCAGUGUUCAAAGCGCGAAUGCCAAGGGAAGCUGACUGUGUAGGACAAAUCUCCAACUGGUUACAAGCUCUAUAAGGGGAUGCUAUGGCUUCUACACUGCACACGUUUGACACCCAACAACAUGAGCAAACAAACUCCUGCCAGCUACAACAGGGUCACCAGCAAAACCUUCUGGGGUUGACAAAAGUGAAUAUUUUAAGAAGAGGAAAUUACUCUCUCUUUCUCUUGCUAUAUAAAAUAUCCAUAGCAUAUAGCUAUCUAAACCACUUUUGUAUUUUCCAAUGCUUGAUGGUGACUUGACGACCAAGAUUUCUGGGACAAGAAAGAAAGAAAACAGACUUGGACAGGCUCCUUCCCAGAUGAUGCCUCUGACCUGCCAGUCCGUGUCCCUUGACUUACUCCAUUUUUACUCUGCUGUGCAUCCUACAUUUUUUUUGUGUGUUUUCUACCUUGGGAAUCUAAAGGGGUCGGAUCUGACUGCACAGUAAAAUUUUGUGUUACAUCAGAAGUGUUUGAUAAAGAAACUUUGGCGGGGGGUGGGAAGCUCCUCCCAGAUAGGAAAAAUGGAAGAGUGUCCAAGCCAUGGCUCUCUUGGGGCAAUUAUGUUUGUAGGCUAAGACACAGGGAAGUAAACUGAGUCCUCUGUAGACCAAAGCCAGGAACAGGUAUUUUGUCCAAUCUGUUGGUGUUCACUGUUGAUUCUUACCAACCACACAUUUCAUGCAUAAAACUUUGAAACUGCCAAUCAGAAACAAGUAGGUGAGUGAGGAACACCAUGAAUUGACUAAAGAACCUGAAGGGAUAGACAUUGAAAACUGUAGCGUUUAAUCACCAGACUUCUUCAUGACGCCAGCAUUCAGUUUGGUUCAUAAUUAAACACAUUGCAAAGCCCACCUUGUCAAUGGGCAAUAUAAAUACCAGAACCAGGGUGAACAGCCCCACUGUGAAUCAAUCUUUCUAAACACUUCUGACUUUCAAGAUCCAAUUUGGCUGAAAGCCAGUCCUAUACACAGCAGUUUUUAUGGUUCAGGACAGUGUUUGCCAUGUUACAGUAACAACCACUCAGCCCUAACUCUAAAAUCCAGAUUCAGGACACUCUUUCCACCUUAAGUGCUGAUGUAAAUUAAAGAUUAGGGUAGAGUGAGUCUUGCACAAUACAAUUUCAUUAGUUGAACAUUUUUAAUGUAUAUAUUAGAUACUAAACUAUUAAAGAGAACUUUUGAAGAGUCUCAAGGUUGCCCUGGUAAUGCUGCUAGUAUAAUAACAGAAAAAAAUAAUAAUAAAAGAAAUACACAGGGUAUCUGAUACCACCUCCAACCAAGUGCAAAAUUCACAGUUCUGAGACCACAUGGCCUAGUCACUUACUCCACUAUCCAUCCUAAAUCCCCUGGUGCAGAUUUGACAGGGUCCUUAGGGAACUUCAAAGUUUUCUUCAUCUCC